AUGAUACCAAUGUCAUACCCCUACCACUAUGUGGACUAUUCCAAUCCUACUACUCCCCGUGUGUAUACAUGGGACAUUGAGCAAGACGCCGCCCAAGCUGUCCAGCCUCAGUCUUUCCAUGUUCAAGACCAGCAGCAACAACAGCAGCAACACCAAGAGCAUGCGCAGCCCCAGCCCCAGCUCGAAGACACCCGCCAGCAGAGCCAACGCCUACACCAGACAGUAUUCCAACCACCGACGAUCCAACUCCAAGAGCGCAGAGUGCCGAGUCAGUACCGCUUCGACAACAUCACAGAAGAACACUUCCUGCAGGCCGCCACCGUAGAUGAGACGCGGUCGGAGACGUCGAGCAGGCGCGGCGCGAGUAAGCCGCCGCUGCACGUCACCAAGGCCGAGCGCCCCAGUGUGAGCCCUACUGCAUCGUCGGCUGGCGCGGGCCCCAGCGCGAUGCCUGCACGAGUGGCUCACGGCCGCCAUGUGCAGCACGCACACCCGUACCGGCGCCCGUCCUCUGCGGCGUCGUCCUCGGGUGCGCGUGGCGCGCCGACUUCUGUGAGAGUGCGCAGAGAGAGUGAGAUGCCGCAUCCGAUGAUGCCCAGCCCUCAAGCUCCAGCCUCAGCGGAAGAGCAAGCUCAGCUUCAUCCCAGCACGAGUGCAGCGGGAAGUGCAGGGAGGAACCUCAACACCAUCGCCUCCGCUGCUGCCAUCUCCGCCAUGGCCGUCUCGUGCCCCGCAGCGCAGCUGUGGAGAGACAAGCUUUUGAGAGGUCCAGACAAUGCCGUCGGGGGAACCAGCCCCGCCCUUGGUGGGAUGCCGACGCCCGCGCAAGCGCAGGCUUUCCCAGGUAUUCGUACGCCAGAACCUCCACGCCGUUACACUAUUCGGAUGGACGUGCAAUUCGACGCGGCGGAUGACGCGGCGGACAACAUGCUGACGGCGAUGCUCGAGCUGCCCGGAGUGAGGAAGGCCGACCUGCGCCUCACGCUUGCAACGUGCCCGUACAGUCGCGUGCGCCAGCUCACCAUCGCGGGCACAGUACGUUCCACGCUCACCCCGAGGGGACACACCGUGCAGGAGCGCAAAUUCGGCGAGUUCGCUCGGACGUUAGUGGUUCCUCCAGAGACUAAGUCAGAUGACGUGCACGCAGUGAUGGAGGACGGAAUCCUCACCCUGAAGAUACCCGGCGGGCAUCCCGCAGAGGCGGAGCCGCCACAAGAAAUCGCAAUUCAAUGA